CAAAAUGGAAAAGCCUUUUGCGAGUUGGAGGUUGUCCCCAUGUACAAGAAUAAAAGGACUGACAUUCAACAAAAUGCAGGUGUCCAGGCCUCUGUUGAUGGGAACACAAGGGAGGUGGAUUUUGGAGGUUACAACAUUCUGUCUCUGGAAGAAGAUGUUGUCAGGAAACCCUUGCUCGCAAAGGGUGGGAUAAAAUCCCUGCGUGUGUGUGCCGUUUUCCUGACCCAAACAUGGUUGCAACAGAAGUGGAUGGGACAAGAAGAGUGUGUGUGUACAGCAACAGGACGUAACAGGACUCGCUCUGUCAUGUUUGAAGGAUUACUUACAAAACUUCAUAAAGAAAAAAGUUGUCUGAUUUUGGAGGUCAAAGGUCAUGCAUCCUUAGUAAUUCUGAAGCCCCUGACAACGGUGUCUGCAUCAUUAUCACUCCUAAGUGUGGGACAUACACUAGCUCUGGAAAAGUCCCUGUAUCAGGACAGGAGAGGUAUCUUGGACAUAGAACUUGAAUCUCUUCAGAAAAAGAAGGGACCAUCUUGGUCAGAGCUUGUUACCAGACUGACAGAAAAACAGCAAGUAACAAAGUCAAGAAGAGAGGCAAACCAAGUUGAAGCAUGCUUUGACCCAACAGUGAUAGGGAAAGCCUAUCUUCCUGGAUGUCAUCAGUCAUUUGGUCGUUUGCUUGACAAACUCAACCAGAGGAUAUCUCAGAUGGAUUUCCUAAGUCAAGAUGAGAAGAAAACACUUGGAGAGCUUCAGAGACUGUAUAGAUAUGAAAAUCAGCCUCCACAUACACGAAGCCAUUGUCAACGAGGUUUACCAAGUCAGGAGUUAACCAAAGACAAACCGAGCAUAGCCCAGGAAGAGGGAAAGAAAGGUCAAGGGUCAUUGGCCUCCCGAGGAGAGAUGAUGGUGACACGAAGCCGACAAGCUGUCAAUCAGAAGGGAAAGGAUGAAAAGGACAGUACUUCAGGAGACAGUCGAUCCAAAGAUAAACCCACGUCUGACCAGUUACUUAGUAAAGCAGAUUUUGCUGAUGAGGAAGAGCUAAUGACAUACCUACAGGAUGUAUAUACUAGUGCCUUGAAUAGCAGCAGCCCCAGCCUCUCCGUCUGUAGUCAGACCAUCAUCACAGUGGCCUUACACUACCUCAAGGAGAGACAGACCUCCAACCCACAGGACCGAUGUAUAAAGAUGUUAGAUCAGACUAUAAUUCUGCCAUUAACUGGUCUUCGAGAGAAAUACAUAAGCAGCAGCACAGAUGUGGAAAAGCAACUGAAAAUCAGGGAGUACCAAUUGCAGAUAUUGCUGCGACUGGAAUGCGAAUCAAUGCUUGCAGCUGUGGACGUGUCCGAGGUAUCCGAAACAGAUGAUCGAGUUGAACAGGUUGUGACCCUAUUGAGGACUCUAGGAUUUGUAACAGAUCCAACAGCUUUAUCAGAGUUCAUGUCUGGUACCAUGGUGGAUCUUUAUGUACAUACCCUACCACACAUACUGGGGAGGAUUUAUGAUGAGCUGAUGCAGCCACUCCCAAGUGUAUUAGAGGCCAUCUUGUCACCCAAUCACAGUGCAGAUCAGUCUGUGUUCAGUCACUCAUUGCUGAAAUCUGACAACCCUGGAUCCAAUCAGUCAUCCCUCAAUGACUCAAAUUUAUCACAGCCUCCAUCCAACCAAUCAGAUGUCCUUUUGAAUAGGCCAAAACGUAAUGCCAGGCGUCAUACUUUGGUCCACCAUCCAAGUUUAGCAGAGGUUGGACCCAAGCGACAGAUCAUGGUCAGGAAAGUGGAAAAGAAAAAGGAUAAAAGCCAUAAAAAAUCUCAGCAUUCAAAGAAGAAAACCAAAGAUCAAGGCAGUGGUGAAAAGGUUUGUCGUAAUCUUUUCGAAAAUAAGAAAACUAAAUUGGAGCGUCGACAGUCAGUUGCUGUUAUGGAAAAUAUAAGGUCGCGACAUCAUCACAAUAAACGCCUCCCUAACCUCAAAAGUCCUAAGGCUCUGAAAUCACCUUUCAAAUCACCAACAUUUCACAACAAGAAGGUUAGUGAAACACCUGCUCACAAGCAGAAAUGCCAGGCAGUGUUUUCUCGAAUUGAGAAGGAGAGACAUCGUUCAAGGAGUGUUACUAGCAUACAAGUAGUGGAGGAAUCACCCAUCAAGGCUUGUCCUGAACAAAGAGACAGUCCAUCGCAACGAAAGAGGGCUAUGGCGAUGCUUCGUCGUUCCUUUUACUCUGCCGGUCCCACAAAGAGAUCUCGUAACUUGGUGAAAUAUUUCCAGCUAAAUGACCGCAUGGCAGGAAGACCUCCUGUUAAUAGACUGAACUUGGGUGCUUCACUUCACGAUUUAUCAGCAGAGUUUAAAUCACCUGAUAAAAAUUCUUCACUUAUCUUUUCACAACUCAUGGGAAGUCCAACACCUCCUAAAUCAACUCCCAACAAAACAGUGAUAACUCCAGCCAAGUAUCUAUUGGAGUCACCAAGCAUGUAUCAAGGAUCAAAGUCACCUGCACGCUUCGAUGGAACCCCAAGAAAACACAUUGUUAAUAAAAGAUUGUUGGAAUCACCCUCAAUGAAUACCCGUUCAAAGUCACCAGGAUUUAGUCUGGGCCAUCCAAAGGUUUUGUUUGGCGAUGGCAGUUCAUUUGAUCCAGUUAUUCGAGAUCACACUUUUGGUACUUUAACAAAGACUCCUGUAAAAGAAAUAAGUUUGGUUGCAGAGUCUCCAAGCCAGAAUACACGAUCUAAGAGUACAGCCACACCAAGAUCUUCACGUGCAAAAAUGUUUUUAUUUAAGAGUCCAGAAAAUAAAGGAUCAUCCAUAAGGUCCAUCUCCACUAACAUAUCUUCAUCAAAAUGUUUGAAUUUAUCCAAGUUUGAAAGUGGAGAGCUACUCAACAAUAAAGAUGAAGAAAAUUUAGUUAGUUGUUCAACUAGUGGUGUUCUAAAUUUAUCGCAGCUUAAGGUUAAUGGGGCAAUUAGUGAAAUCUGUAUAAAAGAUCCAGAAGCUCAGUCAAGUCCAAGACAAGAAGGCAGCAGUUGCCACACGAAGUCUCCAGUGGAGAAGACACCAUCACCUAGAAAGACGGCAGGAGUGGCAAGAACUCCCGGGUCUUUAGACAAGAGGCCUAGAAGACAGAAACUCCAGAAUCUUUUCCAGUCUCCAAAGUCAAGCAAAGUCAUGCAGUCACCACCAACAAGUUCAGAAUGGCAGAAUUUGCGUCAAUCACCUAGGUUAUCUCGUCAAACAAUUAAUCUGUCCCAGUCACCAACAUCUGCCCAGCAUCAGGGACAGUCUCCAAGAUCUCGUCUCGGUCAGAGGCGUUCUCUUUGUGAUAGACUGUUGGCCUCACCUAGGUCUCUUCCAUGCAAUAAAAAAUUGUGCAGUGUUCGUCCAUCCCCUUGUAAGAUAUUGUCACAGAAUGUGGAUGAAGACGCCUCUGUAAGUGGAGAUAUAGACAGCGGUGUAGUGUCAGUGGCAAUGAAGUCACAGGAGUUUGAGACUAUGGAUACUGAUAAUGAGUCAAUAUUUUCAGAAUUGUCACAGGGAUUCAAUAAUAAAACUUCGGCUCUUUCUGAAAUUUCUUCUCCACUUACAAGAAAACGAAGUUUAAGAUUUUCUCCAGACAGUAACCAAGUUUUCUCACCUAGCAAGAGGAGGCGAGUGCAACUACAUACUCUGGAUACAAAUAAAAAAUUGUCAACUUUGUCUUGUCUGCAAUCUCGUAUUUUAAGUGGACGUGUAGAUUCCUUUGGCUCCAGUUCCAGUCAAACCAGUCAGGGUUUCAUAACAGAAACCUGCCAGUCCCAGCAAAGUAUUCCAUCUUUUUCUCAGUCUAGUAUUGACUCCAAUGAUUAUUUUUCACUUUCCAAUGAUGAAGUGUUUCUUAGUCGUAAACCAAAAGUGAUUGAGGAAACGCCACGUUCAGAUUCUCCAGUGUUUGGUUCUGCUAAGAAGGGAAAAUGUUCUCUUGUGUACAAUACUAAAUCUGUUAUACCAGUUGUAGAUGAUCUCUCUUCAGAAAACCUUGUAUUGCGGAAUGGUACCAUGAUAAACUCUGUGAGUCCAAAUACAAUCAGAAAUAGACAUGUGUGUUCCACAAGUCCCCAUGUGACAGGAAGUAGCACUUCCGGGAGUCCUUGUUUCACCAGAAGUGAUCUCAGUAAGAGUCCAUAUGUGCUGAGGAAAAGUCAAACACCGUCUGGUAGUGCCUUGACAAAACUUUCACCAUCAAAUCGUAAAUACUCACCAAAUGUGUCAGCAAAAAGUCUGAUGCAUCUUAUUAACUCACCACUGGUGACUUCACCGAACAGUGAGGAGCGAAGCCCUCAUCUCAAUCAGGACAGUCUUAACGUGAAACGCAAGAGACCACAUGGCAAGUCAAAGCGAUCACUUGACCUUCAACAAUAGAUCUGGUUUUACAUGUGUUAUACAUCCUGUAAUAAGCAUUAGGAACAAAAACAUGACUUCUACAUUGAAGUAUGAAGAUUUGCUUAUCAUAGGGCAAUUAUAAGGCAUGUGCUGGAAUUUCUAC